CACAUGUUAUACUUUUCGGCAUACUGUCAUAUCUUAACGAUGGAAUCUGUCUUGCGGUGUUAAAGGCAUGGAACGUUGCCAAAGCGCUAGUUCUCGACCGAUAUGAAAUGCCGGAAAUGUUGCGGUCUAGUGCUCCUCGUAGCAUCAUACAUUAACGGGGCCCUCGCCACUUUCUCGGGAGGUCCCGUCUCGCCCGCAAACACAGAUAGUUCACAAUGCAGAAUUAUACAGGGGCCAACAGCCAUUCUUGCACAGUUCUGCCUGCUGUGCAUAGUUAUAACGGCCCUGCUGAUUAAAAGGCACCAGGAGCGUCCUCGGCGGCCAUGGAACGUCUGGCUGCUGGACAUCAGCAAGCAGGCCUGCUCCGCGGGUGCGGGGCACCUGUGCGGCAUGGCCAUAGCGGUGAUUGCGCACAGGACGGCACCUGGAGGCUCCGAAUGCGGCUGGUACCUAGUUGUGUACCUGCUGGACUGCACGCUGGGCAUCACGCUGGCCAUCGCCUUCCACCGCCUCAUGCACCGCGGCGCGCGCUGGCAGCACAGUCGGCUGGUGGCGGCGAGGGACCACCACCACGGGGGGGGCGGCGGCUACCGCGGCCUGCCCUCCUCCUCCGACCACGACCAUCCCUGGACGGAGGCGCUGCUGGAGUCGGGCAACUACGGAGACCCGCCCAAUGCACGCCGCUGGGCCAUCCAGGCUGCCGGCUGGGUGGUGUGUGUGGUGUCGGCGCGGCUGUCGGUGGGCGCCACGGUGCUGGCCAGCAUGCGGCUGGUGGCGGCGGUGGCGCGGGGGCUGGACCGCGCCUUCGCGGGCCGCCCGCACGCGGAGCUGUUCACCGUCAUGGUGGGCAUCCCCAUGCUGCUCAAUGUGGGACAGGCGUGGAUACAGGACCAGGUGCUCAAAUGGAGCGCCCGGCGCCGCAUCAAGCGCGGCAUGUCCGACUCGCUGGGCAACGGCGACGUGCCGGUGCUGCAGCACAGCAGCG